UGCUUCUUAUAAAAAGCCGGAACGGAACCCCUGUUAAAGUGUUUACCGCUUUCUUAUUUUAACGUCUCUCUCUUUCUCUCUCUCUCUCACUUUCACAAUUUUCCGUUGCUCAAUCAAUUUCCGAUGGACGCAGUCGACACCGAAUCAGUGAUGGAGUUCUUGAGCUGUGUCCCGUUGCUACAGAGGCUACCAGGCUUGUCUCUCAAGAAAAUCGCUGAAGUUGUCUUCGUCAAACGCUAUGAUCCUGGAGAGCAUGUUGUUCGUGAGGGUGAAAGUGGCGAUGAAGUUUACUUUAUAUGGGAUGGAGAGGCUGAGGCUGUCGGAUCUGUUGCUGCUGAUGAAGAAAGUCGUACAGAGUUCCAAUUGAAGCGAUAUGAUUAUUUUGGUUAUGGCAUGUCUACACUUGUUAAUGAGGCAAAUGUAAUUGCUUUGACUAAGCUGACAUGCUUGGUGCUACCCCGUGAACAUUGUAGUUUGCUGCAGACAAAGUCAAUCUGGAAUGCGGAAAAAGCCCUCGAGACAUGCUCACUUGUGGAGAGUAUAUUACACUUGGAGCCAAUAGAAGUAAACAUAUUCCGGGGGAUCACCUUGCCAGAUGCACCAAAGUUUGGAAAGGUUUUUGGAGGACAAUUUAUUGGACAGGCAUUGGCUGCGGCGUCAAAAACUGUUGAUUUUUUAAAGGUUGUCCAUAGUUUGCAUGCGUAUUUUCUUCUUGUUGGGGAUUUUGACAUGCCAAUCAUAUAUCAAGUUCAACGAGUACGUGAUGGGAAAAGCUUUGCUACCCGAAGAGUAGAUGCGAUACAGAAGGGAAACAUUGUAUUCACAUUACUUGCUUCAUUUCAGAAAGAAGAAGAAGGGUUUGACCACCAGGAAGCAACAAUGCCUUCUGUACCUGCCCCAGAGAUGCUUCCAUCAAUGGAAGAGCUACGUGAGAGACGUCUCACGGAUCCACGUCUACCGAGGACUUAUCGGAACAAGGUGGCCGCUAAAACUUUCAUCCCUUGGCCCAUAGAGAUACGGUUUUGUGAGCCCAGAACUUCAACCAAUCAGACUAAAUCUCCUCCAAGUUUGAGGUAUUGGUUUAGAGCAAAAGGCAAACUCUCUGAUGAUCAGGCCUUGCAUAGAUGCGUAGUGGCAUAUACUUCAGAUCUGAUAUUUCUUCAAGUUAGUAUGAAUCCCCACCGUAGGAAGAAUUUGAAGACAAGUGCUGUUAGUCUGGACCACUCGAUGCACUUUCACCGGCCUGUCAGAGCUGAUGACUGGCUAUUAUUUGCGAUAUACAGUCCUGCUGCCUACAAUGCACGCGGCUUUGUUUCUGGUGAAAUUUUCAAUAGAAAGGGAGAGCAUGUUGCAUCGGCAACUCAAGAGGGCCUACUUAGGGUGCUUAAAAGUACAAUUCCACCUGCGGCGUCGAAGCUGUGAAUUGGUUGAUGCUAGGCCAUGCCAAUGGAGUAUUAUGCUAAACUUUUGGUGAUCCAUCAGGUUUAGGUGCCAAGAUUUUGCCCGUUCCCCAAUAUUUACCUUUUAUAUUAAAUAUUCAAUAAUGAUUUGUGCAGUUGUAACAAAAAUGAAAAAGGGCGAAAAUCAAUUAUUCCAACUAUGUAGCAUUUAAGAUUUGAUUUUUCUCUCUUUCUUUUUCUCUUGUAAAAUUUUAUCAUGAUAAAAGGCAAUCACAUUCACAUGCA